AUGGAUGACGAUACUAUGUCCGCUCAACAAGCUGCAGGAAGCGUAAGUAGUACGGACAGCCCUGCCGGGCCGAAGUGGCUGGAUACAAGACCAGAUAUCACCAACCUUGGUUAUGGCAAAGCUUCCGUUGGGACACAUCAGCUGAGUCCUCUAGCUCCUAUUGAUCGGACCAGCUACAACUUCAAUACCGGACGACCGGGUUCCACAACACCCCCGAGCUCCGUUGGCUACGGGGGUAGCCACAAACAUCAUGAUGCCGCUUCAAGUCCCAUAGGACUCUCAGGUCCGGCAGGGCUCCCUGGAUCUGAUGGAUGGGACGGUAGGGAUGGGGAAGAUGGCGACGAUGGGAAAGAUGGGAAAGAUGGGAAAGAUGGGAAAGAUGGGAAAGAUGGGAAAGAUGGGAAAGAUGGGAAAGAUGGGAAAGAUGGUGAUGAUGGGAGGGAUGGGAAGAAUGGCAGGGAUGGGAGGGAUGGCAGGGAUGGUAUCCAGGGUCCUCCUGGGCCACCUGGUCCACCCGGCCUCCCAGGUAUUAACGGGUUGAAUGGUGAGCCUGGGCCAAUGGGUCCUAAAGGUCUCGCCGGUCUCGAGGGUGCUACCGGUCCCAGAGGUCCCGCUGGUCCUAAAGGUGCUACUGGUCCUGCAGGAGCCGCUGGUCCUCAAGGUCUCGCCGGUCUCGAAGGUGCUACUGGUCCUGCAGGUGCGACUGGGCAAGCAGGUGCGGCUGGGCCUGAAGGCCCUAUCGGCCCCCAAGGUGCUACUGGUCCUAUAGGUCUCACCGGUCUCGAAGGUGCUACUGGGCCUCAAGGUCCUAUCGGUCCCCAAGGUCCCCCUGGUCCCCCUGGUUCCGGGUCAGCGGGUUUCACGGGCCAGUACGGGUACCUCGGCUGCUACAUCGCGAGUAACGAUGACACCUACGGCCUAAGUACGUACGCUUCACAGCAGGUUCUCACAACCUCGAUCGACGACUGCGCCAAUACCUGCCAUGGUUUGCCGUCGGGCCCAACACUGUACUUCACUCUGGGAACCGACACGACUACAGGCGACUCCAUCUGCACUUGUGGUGAUAUCCUUGUUGCCUAUAACUACCCAAAUACCGGGCUCGAAUUUCAAUGCGAUACGCAAUGCAACUUCCCGGACAAUCCGACAACAGAACAAUAUUGCGGCGGAACGUAUUCUGGGAUUCCUACUGUUUCUCUUUUCGGUGCUAUAUAG